UCAUUUCCGAGAGUAAAGAAAUAUUUUUCAUUGAGUAGCAUUUUUAUUACGCCAAAUUUUUAAUAACACAACAAGCGGUUUUGUUCAAUUGUUUGAGCAAAACUGUGGUUAAGCUUGCACAUGUACUAGGCGCCUUAGUUCAUUCAACCUAUUCAUUCGGCUUCAAUUCAUUCGUCCCUAUCAUUCAUCAGUUAACGUUUGAUUAAAAAAGCUUCUUCGUGUAACGUACAAAAUGGAUCGAAAUAUUUACGUUUACGUUUUUUACACUUUACUAUUGUAUUUCACUUGUAAUGUAUCAGCCCAACGGACACCAACAAUCUCGCACAUCACACAAGAGCAGAUCAGGGAUAUCGGAGGCCAGGUAGACCUGGAAUGUUCCGUGCAUUAUGCACAAGAGUUUCCUGUUGUCUGGACCAAACGCGAUCGUUUGAAGACGAUCGAAUCGAUACCCCUGUCGACCAACGCCGGGCUCAUCAUCAAGGACUCUAGGUUCUCGCUGCGCCACGACGAGGCAACGGCCACGUUUACGCUCUCCAUCAGGGAUAUUCAAGAGAACGACGCCGGCUGGUACCAGUGCCAAGUGCUGAUGUCCAUAAGCAAUAAGAUCGCCGCUGAAGUGGAGCUCCAGGUCAGGAGGCCCCCCAUUAUAUCGGACAAUUCCACCAGGUCAAUCGUCGCUAGUGAAGGGGAAAGUGUUCAAAUGGAAUGCUACGCUGGUGGCUUCCCGCCCCCGAAGAUAUCCUGGCGCCGCGAGAACAACGCCAUCCUGCCGACGGGCGGCUCCAUCUACAGGGGCAACGUGCUGAAGAUAAGCGCCGUCCACAAGGAGGAUCGUGGCACUUAUUACUGCGUGGCGGACAAUGGCGUCGGCAAAGGCGCCCGUCGCAACAUCAACCUCGAGGUGGAAUUCGCGCCCGUCAUCUCCGUGCCCCGCCCGCGCCUCUCCCAGGCCCUCCAAUACGACAUGGACCUGGAGUGCCACGUGGAGGCCUACCCGCCGCCUGCCAUCACCUGGCUGAAAGAUGGCAUCCAGCUUUCGAACAACCAACAUUAUAGGAUCUCGCAUUUCGCAACGGCGGACGAGUUCACGGACACCACGAUCAGGGUUAUCACGAUCGAGAAGCGACAGUACGGGCUGUUCACGUGCAAAGCUCAGAAUAAGCUGGGCACCGCGGAAGGGAACGUCGAGCUCACAGAAUCCAUUAUACCCGUGUGCCCUCCCGCCUGCGGCCAGGCGCGGUACGGAGGCGCCGCGGCCGUGGCGCCCUCUGUAGGGACUGUCCUUGCUUUGUUGGGGCUGUACGUGGGAAUGGCUUUUAGAAGAAUCACCAAUACCAAACAUUAACUACCCGGGUUUGAGACCAGACCCGCUUGUAUACGGAGAUCCGAAUGCGGCAACUAAACUACUGGAACAUAUCUCUAUAACGUCACUGAUUUUCAUAGUAUACAUGUUUACAAGGUAAUGAAGAUAUAUCUCAAUAUAAAAAUGAAAAGAAACCUGCUUCUCUUCUUGUAACUUAUUUGUUGCGAGAGGGUAAUUCUAAGGACGAUACGAAUGGUUUUUUUUUCCCCAAUGAUUAAUUAUUAUAAAAGUACGUAGAUUAUAAGUCGAUUAGUGUUUUAUCAUUAGAAUAUCGUCCACGUAUAGAUGAAGGGUUUCUUCAGUUCUUUUUUUUUUCAACUCCAGUACCGAAGUUUCUUUAUAUGACGUCAUUUGACGUCAUGACGUCACAACCGGACUGAUUGUGCGUAUAUAAAUUAUAUAUAGAGUAACUCCACAAAUCGAUCACUCGACUGUUACAAAGGCCCUCCGAAGACAAUACGACAAUAAUCAUAACGAUACAAACACAUGUAUCGAUGUUUUAGAAUUUCGCGAACCCGCAAUGGAAAACGAAGUGGCUUAUCAACUGAUAUCGAAUCGACUUACAUUGCGUGCAUUAUAAUAACGUAUCUCUUAUAUCGAUGUGUACGAAUUUCGCGAACCCGCAAUGUAAAACGAAGUGGGUUAACAGCUGAUAUCGAGUCGACUUACAUUGCGUGCAUUAUAAUAACGUAUCUCUUAUAUCGAUGUGUACGAAUUUCGCGAACCCGCAAUGGAAAACGAAGUGGGUUAACAACUGAUAUCACGUUUUGUAUCGAUGGUUUGAAUUUCGCGAACCCGCAAUGGAAAACGAAGUAGGUUAUCAACUGAUACCGAAUUGUAUUACAUUGCGUGCACUAUAAUAACGUAUCCUUUUUUUUUAAUAUACUACCCACUUGUCUUGUAUUUUUUGGUAGCGCUCCGAAGUGUCCUAUUCUUUCACGUGUAUCUCUGACAGCUUUAUAGCAGCACCCUAGAACACUGCUAAAGAUAUUCGACGCUUGAAAGGCAAACGUGACUAAGCGACAAUGCGUGAACUUUACAGUAGACUAAUCUAAAGUUGAAAUACCUGAAAACAAAAUUUAUUUUAAAGAAUCCAGCUGUAUUAGAAUCUAGCUAGUAGCUGUAGGAUUGAAAUGAUUUUAAUAGACCUAGAAAAAAAUUUCUUUUGCGCAUCGAAUAUGGUUAUUGCCUAUCAUUUAUGUACAAAUCAGUUAUUGUCGCUUAGUCACGUUUGCCUUUCAAGCGUCGAUAUGGAUGAAGGUAGUGUAGAAAAAAAAAACGUGUCGCCUCAACGUUUUCAAUCGAUUUUCGUAGUUAAAGUAGAAUUUAGUAUCAUGUUUUAUAUUCUUAAUGAAUUACGAUUUUUCGUAUAUUGUACGCAGUCAGUAUUCAUAAGUAUAACGAGUUUUAAAUAUAACAAAUAUUCAUCUAGUGUAAUAAAAUAUAGAGUAGUUUUUAUAUUGGAACACGUUUAUGCAACAUGGAUCAAUGAAUUAAGUUUCACUAGUGGACGAUAAAUGCAAUGCGUGCCAAGCAAACUUUUGUUUCUAAAUUCAAUUUUUGAAACAAAAUUAAAAAAUGAAUUCGAGAAGUGAAAUGCUGUAUAGAUUAAGCGACAUUUCGCUUAACACGCGAUAUUUAUCUUUAUUUUAAAGGUCCGUUUUAUUUGGUAUCAGCAUCAUAAGUUCGAUGUUUUCUAAUUGAACUUCAAAUAAGUUUACCCCAUUCCAUACCAAAAUUACAAAAAUGUCGCUUAAACCAAAUAGCGUUUCACCCCUCAAAGUGAAUCGUAUUGUGUUUAGUAUAAAACAAUGUAUUUUUUUUUCAAAUGCCCAUUAUAAAAUUUAUUUGUAUAUUAAAAAUAGGUCUUCAACCAGAACAAAACUACAAAAAAAAUGCUUGAAUCUUUCUUGCAUAAGAAAUUUAAUAAAAGAAUGACAGUGUUAUAAUUUUAGUGUCGAUAAUAUAUAAAACAAAACAACUCAGUGUUUAUAUAUACGGUAUUUUUUUAAAUAUUAAUACAAUGAAUCUCGCUUUAGAAUCUCUGAUGUAAAUUUUAACUCUACCCACGACCCGGGAUGAUUUAAGGAUUCUAGUGACACCCCAUUCAUCUAAAGACGCUUAGGUAAUAGUGAAAGCAAAGAAAAUCACUUUCGACAUGGAAACAUUACAUUUUAUUUGAGAAUCUUUUAGCCAAUGUAUUCCAAACCCCAUUCUUUUUAAGGUUUUAAGUGUGAUGGACUACAUCACGGCGGGCUGUAGCAUUGAGGUUGUGGGUCACGAUAACUCGGCUCAUGAGUCUAUUUGAGUGCGAAGGUCUAAAAGGUCAUAAAUGAAUUCAUACUAAGGCGAAAUUCAUGCCAGCCCUAUUUCGGAGAUUGAGUAAUUGAAUUAGGGUUGGAAAAUUUUAGUAGAUUAGGUCAAACUCUCUGGUAGGGCUCUGGGUGAGUUUUUAUUAAUAACGUCUAUAGAUAUUAAUAGAAGUUAUCUGAUUUUUACAAUUUUGCUAUGCGACCUGAAAUGUUUUUUUUUUUUUGUUUUAAAUUCUCAAUUUAUCUCGGACUGUAUUAGAUAUUUUAGGUUUUGUGAUUAUAACGAUUCUAAUUCCAUCCAGUUUUAAAGACUUAUUGUUUUGUAAUUUCGGAUAUAAUUUUUUUUUAUAUGUAGUGAUAGUGAGUGUGUUUUUGAAAAUAAAAAGAAGUUUAGUAACUUAA